AUGGCGCCCACCAGAAGCCGACCUGGCGAUGAAGAAGAAGAGCUCGAACUCCCGGAGGACGAUGACGAGGAGGAAGAGGAGUAUGAAGAAGAUGACGACGAGGAUGAUGAGGAUGGAGAUGAAGACGAUGAAGAGGAAGAUGUAGAGGGCGACGAAGAAGAGGAAGAGGAGGAGGAAGAGCAAGCUCCUCCUCCCAAAAAACGAAAGGCUGAAGCCGAACCUGUUGAACCUGCAUCCAAGAAGUCCAAGUCUACCACCCAGGAAGAGGAACAGGAGGAGGAGGAAGACGAGGAGGAGGAGGAGGAGGAAGAAGAAGAAGAAGAAAAUGGUGAGGAUGCUCCUGAAGACGAUGCUGGCGAGCAAGACCAAAAAGUCGAGCCUGCGGCCAAGACCAAAAUCAUCCGGGAUUCCAACAGCAAGAAGGCCGUGGCCACUGCCGAAACUGAGGAACCCGACGAUGAAGACUAG